UCGAACCGUCGAAUAUAAUCCCAGAAAACUGAAAUUUCAAAAACAUGUUAGAGAGAGAGAAAUGCUGUGGAGGAAGAAGAAGAAGACCGAAAAUGAGUGAGGGCGGCGGAGGAGGAGAUUUCCCGCCAAAAAAGGACGGUGUGUCUGACGAUUCUGGUUUCCCGGAGAAGAAGCCAGCGAGGCAGCUCGACUUCACUGGUGGUUUGGUUGAACGCUCAGAGUCUAAACCAGCUCCUACCGUCGUCACUCCCUCUGUUCGGAUUCAUCCGGUGACGUCACAGUCACUACAAAUCCUUAACGCGCCAACAAAGCAGCCGGAGGAAUCUCCAAAAUCUAGACCAAAGCCUGUUGUGGAAGGUAGAGAUGGAACCCCUCAUAAGAAGAAGCACUGCAACUGUAAACUCUCUCGCUGCUUGAAACUGUAUUGUGAAUGCUUUGCGUCCGGAUCAUACUGUGAUGGUUGUAACUGUGCCAACUGUUUCAACAAUGUUGAUAACGAACCCGCAAGACGAGUUGCUGUGGAAGCAACUCUGGACCGGAAUCCAAAUGCAUUCAGACCCAAAAUCGCUACCAGUCCACAUGGUGUGAUGAGGGAUAACAACAAAGGAUGCCGCUGCAAGAAAUCUGGAUGCCUUAAGAAGUACUGUGAGUGUUUUCAAGCAAACGUUCUUUGUUCAGAGAACUGCGGAUGCUUAGAUUGCAAAAACUUUGACGGAAGCGAGGAGAGACGAGCGCUGUUUCACGGUGAACAUGCCGACAACAUGGCUUAUCUUCAGCAAGCAGCAAAUGCAGCUAUUACUGGAGCUGUUGGUUCCUCUGGAUUUGCUCCUUUCCCAGCACCUAAGAGAAGGAAAGGUCUAGAUAUUUCGUUAAAUCAAGCAAACAAAGAUUCAUCUACCUAUUGUCUUGGACAGUUUCAACAGGAAAGUAAUGGAAGAACUAUUGGCCCAACCUCAGCUACAUCUCCGGCAAAGUUUGUAUAUAGGUCGCUCUUAGCAGAGAUAAUCCAACCGCAGGAUGUGAAAGCACUUUGCUCAGUUUUGGUAGCUGUAGCCGGAGAAACAACAAAGACAUUAACAGAUAAAAGAAUUGAAACGGAGAAACGGGUUGAAGAUCAAAAAGAAACAUCUUUAGCUUCUUCUUAUAACUCACAAGGCGAUAAAGAUGCCAGUGAUGCCAAUAUGGUUGCAGAUGAUGGAAAUCAAGCUGAUAGUUCUAAAGGAAAGCCGCUAUCUCCAGCAACUUUGGCUUUGAUGUGUGAUGAACGAGACACUAUCUUCAUGGUAGCAGCAGCUGAACCUAAUGGCUCAGUGGAGUACUCUGGUGGCUGCGGAACAAACUCACAGGAGCAGUCAGAGAUUUGCGCAGAGCAGGAGAGAAUGGUGUUAACUAAGUUCAGAGAUUGCCUUUACCGACUUAUCUCUUACGCAGAAUUCAAAGAAUCAAAGUGUUCGUAUUUAGCUAGAAGGCAUAUACAGUCACCCUCAACGGUUCCAACCGUGACUGUGAAAACCGAGAAUGGGAUUCAGCCCUCAAGCAAUCAUCAGAAACCUCCAGCUUUAAAGGAGAAGAAAGACCUCUGAGUCAGAUAUACUCUACGUAGGACAACAAUAAGUUACUAGCCUCACCACCGCCACAUUGGCAUGUGGUAAUUAGAGAGUAAUAUAUAGACACUAGUUUUCUUCCUUUCUUUUCUUCUAAAAGUCAACUCACCAAAGCCCUUGGCUGGUGUAGAUUUUGCAGAGCUUCGUUUCUUUACUACACGGAGUUAUAUUUUACGAGUUAGUAAUGAUGUCUUCUUUGUUGCAUUCAUUUGUGGAACAUCUUUGUUUGUUUAUGAUGUUCUUCUUUCUAUUUCUGCAGAAUUUGAGAGUUGCACAUAA